CUAAGGAGGCCCCGUCAUUCAAGGCGAUAUCUCCCGCUGCGUCCGUUCCCCAACACCUAUUGUUCGCGCAUUUUUUGUGUGUUGCAGACGAUUUUGCAUUUGUGUGCCAUAAGCACGCUGUUGCUCAGUUUGAAUGGUGUGCGAGUGUCAAAGCCGGUGUUAUGGCUGGGAAGUAUGCAGUCAUGGUUGUGUUGACUGCUAUGCUUAUGCUAAACACAGCUGGAGAAAGGAAUAACUCCACGAGGAAUCGAGAAUACAGUGAACACACUGCAGUGAUUGGAACAGAGCUCAACAUUCCGUGCAACGUAACAGCAGCAAUACCGGAUGAUCAAGUGACUCUAAUAUUGUGGUAUCGAGGAGAUUCCGGCAACCCUAUUUACAGUGUAGAUACUAGACAGGCUCAUGGAGUCACGCCAAAGAAAUUUUCCAACAAACAUCUUGAAGGCAGAGCAACUUUUUCUAUGAAUCGGACUUUGGCGAUUUUGAAUAUUAAGCCAGUGAAAGACAAUGACGGUGGGGAAUAUAGGUGUCGUGUGGAUUAUAGACGCUCAAGGACUAUGAAUUCUGUUAUGAAAGUCAUUGUAGUAGUGCCACCGAAAAACCUUACCAUUAGAGACAGCAAGAAUAAUACGGUGUCUGGAGUAAUUGGACCGUACGAGGAAGGAGCCACCGUGAGCCUCAUUUGUGAAGCCUCAGGAGGGCGACCGACUCCAAAUUUAUCUUGGUGGAAAGGUUCAACGCUGCUUGAUAAUUCCUUCACUACUUUGGGACGUGGCCUUGUUAUAAAUGAGCUCCUGCUGUUAGACUUACAAAGAGAAGACCUGCUAACUAUGUUAACUUGCCAGGCAUCGAAUACUAAUCUAACUGUGCCUGUAUCUAGUUCUGUAACUAUAGAUCUCAGUCUUUCACCGCAAGAAGUUCGAAUUACGACACCGCGUCGCCCGCUGUCCUCAGGGGAGAUUCUGGAAGUAGUGUGCCAAACGUUUGGAUCUCGACCUCCUUCCAAGAUUUCCUGGUGGAUUGGGCAAGAAUCCAUGACUGCUCAAGCAAAAGAAAUCGUCUCUGGAGAUGGUAACGUUACCACAAGCCGACUGCAAUUCCGUCCAACCAGUGAGGAACAUGGGAAAUUCUUAAUUUGCAGAGCUCACAAUCCCGAAACGCCAGACAGUGCCUUAGAAGAUAAGUGGGAGCUAAGCGUUUACUUUCAACCACAGUUAUCUCUUGCCCUUGGAGCGAGCCAACAAUAUGAACAUAUCAGAGAAGGUAGUGAUGUAUAUUUUGACUGUAACAUUCAAGCAAACCCACCUGUUACUAGUGUGAUUUGGAGGUUUCAGUCCAGACCGCUAGAACACAACCCAGCUAUGGGCAUUAUUGUACGGAACCAUUCCUUGUUGCUUCAAAAUGUCGGACGGAGAAACAGAGGAACAUAUCGAUGUAUGGCUACGAAUCAGGAAGGAGAAGGUGUCAGUGAAGAAGCUUUGUUAAUGAUUCAGUUCUCUCCAGUCUGCAUUUCUGGUCUGAAGAGGAUGUACGGUGUUGCCAAACACGAAGAAAUAAAUAUAACUUGCGAGUUGGACGCUGAUCCUGAUGAUAUCCAGUUUCGAUGGAUCUUUAAUAACACUUCAGAAACAAUCGAUAUCAUCACUUUCACCACCGAUGGAAUGAAGAGUAUAGCAUCCUAUAUUCCCAGAUCGAAGAUGGAUUACGGAACACUUAGUUGUUGGGGACGAAAUAGCAUCGGGGUACAGAGGCAUCCUUGCGUAUUCACCAUAAUGCCGGCUGGCCCCCCUGACCCCUUACAAAACUGCUCUUUGCUUAGCCACUCAUCGACAACUUUUACUGUGAAUUGCACUCCGGGAAUAGAAGACGGUGGUCUAAAGCCGAGGUUUCAUCUGCUUGCUGUAAGCAUUCGAGAUUCAAAAGAUCAUUUGAACAUCAGCGUGACGAACGACAAGCCUUUGUUCGAUGUUCGGGGUCUCGAUCCCGGAACCACUUAUGAGUUGAUUUUAUAUGCGUCCAACGCUAAGGGACGUAGCACCACAUUAGAGUUAUUGGCCACUACUUUAUAUGCGCUUGAACGGAGGACAGGUGAAGAACCAACGAUAGCCAUUAGUGCUGUUCUAGCAGUGCUUAUGGGACUAGUCGCAGCUUUGGUCCUCCUAGCAAUUGUUAUAAUAUUUGUAGUGAAAUCAAGGCAUUCUUCUGACUCUGAAGCUGAACAAGGAGACAACAAUGAGAAAAUACAAACACCAAAAUUGAAACAUUUUGAAGAUGACAGUCCUGACGUCAUACCAUCAAAGCCUUUCUGUACAGAUUAUUCAAGCUUGGCUCCAAACUCGACAAAUGAUAUAAUAUAUGAAAAUGUUCAAGAAAAGGAACACACGUAUGCAAAUAUGAUAAAUAGAGUACAUUUUGUUCCUAGUGAGCCCUAUGACGAUAUAACAUACGCAGAGCUAGCAUUACCCGACAGCCAACAGCCAUAUGCAAGGCACAGGCUUGAUCCCCCAACGGAAUACGCAGACAUCGACUUCCAAAACAGUCGGGGUACGUUUGCUACGACGACAGUGCUAGGAAACGAAGAAGACAGUGUCCGUAGCCCACUCGUCAUAUCCAACAAACCCAUCAGAGUGAUACCAGAAGAAUGUCAGCCGAGCUUAGGAGCAGUCUGACAAAGACCAUAUUUCUAAAAAACUGCCUUCAAUCUGCCUACUUUUCAUAAAACACUACAAAUUUAAGGCAUGCAAAGAACUCUCGGAGCAAUUUGCAAUCCGAAAAUUGCUUUCAUAUUUGUGGGACAAGAAUAAUCCUCAUGAUUGAAAUUUACAUAUGUGCCUCUUCUACAGACUUUUGAGGUGUUGAUGAUUACAGCAUUACAACUGCACGGACCAUUUUACGAAGUCCUUGCACAAGUAUAUCUAAAUCAACAUCCGUGACCUGUGUUUGUUUUUCCGAAGUAAAAAGGAGAUGCCCUUCCAUUGGUAGAAAAUAUAUGUCAGAUUCAGAGUUUGCGAAAUCAAAAUCAUUUGGGUUACGUUCGAAUAGAGCAACCGUUUGACCGAGGUUAACCGUCGAUUGGUUAACCUGCGUUUAACCAGGCGCGUUCUAAUAGAGCUAACGGUUAAUGAAAACAUCUUACGGGCACUCACCGCGUCUGCAUGAAACCAAUUAACCGAUGCAACCCCAGGACUCAAUCACAUUAGGGCCGCUAUGGUUUUUGAUUGCAGUAAGUUAACACAAUUAAAAUAAGUUAAAGUUGGGAAAUAGAUUGCUUGAUGUCGUAUAAUAUUUUGUGAUUAUACCAAAAGUAAACUACUUUAACAUUAAAAAAAAAGUAUAAUCUCAUACGCUUCAGUAGCUCGGAUAAUCGGAUAACUCCUUCCAGUUUAUUACUUUUACAUCGAGUUAGCCCAGUUGACAUCAAUCUUUGCAAUCUGACUUUAUUUGAGACCAUAGUAAGGGGAAUUUCCUCUUUAUUCCAUGUAUUUAUUGCAUCGGCCAUUUCCUUCAUACAUUUUAAAGGGACAGGCUCUGUGCUGGCACGAGUGAGAAAAGUGGGAAAAAGUUAUUUUACAAAUCUCAUCACGUAUCAUUUAUUUUCAAUAAAUCAUAAAUAAGUGAUGUAUAGAAAACGAACCUUGUUACCUAAUUUUACAGCAAUUUUAGUAAUAAAAAAAACAUGAUGAUUGUCACAGUUUUGCAUCAUUGAAAAUUUUCUAACUGUCAUUGAUACAUCUUUUCUACACAUAACCAUUUAAGUUCUGUUUUUUUUGAAAAACUAUUCAUUUCAGCAAUACGUCUUUCACAUAUACUUGCCUGUGAAUGCAAUUUUUUCAAACAUAGUGUAUAAUUUCAAUGUAAAACGUUCAAUUUACUAACAAAUUUAGCAAAAGUACAAACAUAUGUUUUUCAAAAAAAAAAUCUGUUUUUUUAAUUUUUUUUAAAAGUACAUACAGUUAAAACAUAAGACCACUAAAAACAUUAUAUUACAUGAUAAACCUUUAGUUGUAUUUAAAAGUGUAAGCUUAUAACAAUUUCGUAAACAUGUCAACUAAUUUAAAAGUUAUUUCAGAUACAUUACAGUUUUUUCGGAAAGUGCAGUUUUUAUCGGUAUUCAACGUUUCUUUAUUCUUCAUUAUUUUAUAAAGUUAAAAAUUGCGUCACUUUUCAGUUACGUCAAUUUUAUUAUCAUAAACUUUAUUUUCGUAUAUACUGUGCAAUACGCUUUUUUGUGUAUAUUUCGAAUGUUGACUAAUUCAACAUCAGUUUUAAAACGUAACUAAAAAAAAGAGGGAUGGAAUGAAGAUUCAAAAAAUAAGCUUUUUAGAAGUGUGAAGGAUAAAAAUAUCAGUUAAAAAACACAUAAUGUGUACAUGCUUAAAGACAUGUUUUUCAAGAUUACAAAAAAAAAAAAAAAAAAAAAAAAAAACACAUUUUUUGACAGAAAACAUCAAAUUUCACAUUUACAAAUAAAUCUUUUUUUUUUGUUUUAUUACUUCACCUGGAUUUAAAAAAGAUAUCCCACUAAA